AGCUGCCACAGCGGCAGUCUCUCUUCGACGCCGGCCAGUGAUUCCCCUUCUUCCUUUUUCCACAUGGCUUCUCUCUUCAUCCGUCAGAUCUGGACACUCACAUUGAAGAAUCUGCUUGUUGCUUUCGUGCGACGGUGGUUCUCUACGACAAUCAGGGCUUUCCUCUUGCCUUGUAUCUUUGUGGGCUUCCUAUCGUAUGCACGAUUCCUCUUCAUUCCUCCCUCCGUCUAUGGUAUUGGGGAUCCGACUCCAGUCCGUAGUCUGCCGCAAGCUCUCGACCUCGUCUCCGGUGGGCGGGACAAGCUAGUCUUCGUCAACAAUGGCUUCUCGGGCGGGGCUAUCGAGUCAGUCAUCGAUCGAGUUGUGAACGGUGCCGGGUCGUUCAGUGGGAAGGUAGAGAUUUUGUCUCAAGAGGAGGACCUUUUGACAACUUGUAGAAACAGUAUCAGGGGCACUUCCACAUGCGUUGCUGGGGCCGUCUUCUUCUCCUCCCCUUCAGAAGGCGAGGCUGGUCGAUGGAACUAUUCGAUCAGGGCAGACGGUGGACUUCAGAACAAAAUCGUCACAGACUCCUCUAAAAACGACGUGGAAAUCUAUCUCCUGCCGCUCCAACACGCGAUCGAUCGUGCCAUCUCCAACGUCGAAGAUGGAAGAAAUGGUUCACAGGCUUUGCCAGACCAGGUGCAGGAGUAUCCUUAUACAUCGAUGACGAAACAGCAACGUCUGCGACAGAUUAGGACGAGGUAUAUGGGAGGCAUUAUCGACAUUCUUGCUGUCGCCUUCUUCAUCGGCGUGGUUGGUGUGACUUACCAACUUACAGGACUGAUAGCCGCCGAGAGAGAGCAAGGUAUGGCCCAAUUACUAGACUGUAUGAUGCCAAAUUCCAGAAGAUGGCAACCGCAAAUGGCGAGAAUCCUAGCGAAUCAUAUCGCCUUUGAUCUUCUCUACGGGCCUGGCUGGAUCAUCAUGGCGAUCAUUCUCUCAGUGGGUGUAUUCAGCAAAACGUCUGCCGCUAUUGUCAUCAUCUUCAAUAUCUUGUCGGGUCUUUCAAUGUCGUCCCUGUCCAUUUUCGGGGCUGCGUUCUUCAAAAAGGCCCAACUCAGUGGGAUUACGUCCGUCAUCGUGAGUCUGUUACUGGCCAUCAUCGCACAAGUUGCAAGCAAGGCAGGUUCCGCAUCGGUCGCAAUCCUUUCACUCCUCUUUCCGCCCAUGAACUAUGUCUAUUUUGUUAUCUUCAUGGCUCGCUACGAAAGACAAGAUCACGGGACAAAUCUCUUGAAGCGAGCGCCAGAAAACACUUCAGCAGUCCCAGGGAUUGUCUUAUGGAUAUUCCUAAUCAUUCAGAUUGUGGUGUUUCCCAUCCUAGGUGCCUAUGUCGAGAGAACGCUAUAUGGAACCACGUCAAAGAGUCGCCAGACGAAAGUUUCGGAUGAUACCACUGCCAUCUCGCUGCUUGAAUUUACGAAAGAGUACCAGCCGUCCAUCUUGGCCAAGAUUCGCUCAAUAUUCACGCGGAGGAAACCGAAGACGGUCCUAGCAGUCGACAAGUUGAAUUUGAUCGCUGGACGUGGUGAGAUCAUGGUUCUGCUGGGGGCAAAUGGCAGUGGCAAAAGCACGACCCUCGAUGCUAUUGCUGGACUCAAUUCGAUCACAUCAGGCGGAAUUUUGAUCAACUACCCAUCUCCCGAGACUGGACUGGGCCUUUGUCCUCAGAAGAACGUCCUAUGGGACGAUUUGACGGUCGAUGAACAUGUUGUCAUCUUCAACCGAGUCAAAAGUAAAAUGCCUGCGACAAAGGCCGACAAUCUCUCCCUGCUCACUUCGUGUGAUAUUGCUGCAAAAGCGAAAGCGCGUGCCAAAACCCUGUCCGGUGGACAGAAAAGAAAGCUUCAGCUAGCCAUGAUGUUUACAGGCGGCUCAAAAGUAUGCUGCGUUGACGAAGUAUCGUCCGGUCUCGAUCCACUGUCUCGACGCAAGAUAUGGGACAUCCUCCUUGCAGAGCGUGGCAGAAGGUCCAUAAUUCUGACUACGCAUUUCCUGGAUGAAGCUGAGUUGCUGGCUGACCACAUCGCCAUCCUGUCGAAGGGAGUUUUAAAAGCUGCAGGCACAUCGGUUGAGCUCAAGAACAAAUUGGGCUCCGGAUAUCGGGUCCAUGUUUACCACAAUCACGGCGCACAACAAAUCCCAACUUUCCAGGAUAUCAGCCACCAGAAACACAGCGAUCAGACUGUGUACUUUUUACAAGAUUCUGCCUCGGCUGCAAAUUUCCUCAGUCGUGUUGAUGGUACCGGCUUGGCUGAAUACCAGGUCAACGGACCGACGAUCGAAGACGUCUUCCUCAAGGUUGCUGAAGAAGUGCAGAUACGGUCUGACACCUCGACUGAGGUCGAAUCGAAGGAUGUGAUAGAAGUAGUGGGCAGCAAUCGCAGUGAAGAAGCCACUACAAACAAGGCAGCAGAGGUUGUGAUCCAAGAUGACCCAUCUACCAACGCCCCAAAGCUACUGGACGGUCGUCGCAUCAGCAUGCCUCAACAAGCCAAGGUGCUCUUCUCAAAAAGACUUGUGGUUCUUCGGCGGAAUAGCCUUCCCUACCUCGCAGCAUUUAUAAUUCCGGUCAUCGCCGCUGGCCUAGUCACACUUUUCCUCAAGCACUUCGAGAAGGCCGAAUGCUCUCCCUCGUCGGCUGUCUCGGUCUCUGAUAUUGAGUCUUUAUCAACCCAGAUCAAUUAUCAGCUUGUAGCAGGCCCCCGAAAUCUGUUAGAUCAAGGCGCAAUAGAAUUGCUAGCCGGCUCCUUUGGUAGCAGCAUUGGUGAAGGAGAUGUGGGGGCUAAUACUACCAAGCUGCUUAAAUCGAUUCACCUUGUCGAUACUUUGGAGGAGUUCAACGACUACAUCGAGAACAAGUACGCCAAUGUCACACCAGGAGGCUUCUUUCUCGGUGGCGGUAGGGUCGCCCCUACCUUUGCUUGGAAAGGAAAUGGUGACAUCGCAUUCCCAGUCAUCAUCCAGAAUUCUCUUGACACACUGUUGACCAAUAUUUCGAUCUCAAACCAAUAUCAAGCGUUUGAUAUACCGUGGGGUGCCAGUGUUGGAGACGCUCUACAGCUCAUUACUUACUUUGGUCUGGCCAUGGCGGUUUAUCCAUCCUUUUUCGCCUUGUAUCCGACGAUUGAGCGACUCCAUAAUGUUCGAGGUCUGCAUUAUAGUAAUGGCGUUCGAUCGGCGCCUCUCUGGCUUGCGUACACUAUAUUCGACUUCGUUAUCGUACUGGUCACCAGCGCCAUUGCAAUUAUAAUCUUCCGCGCCGCCUCUGAUGUCUGGUAUCAUGUCGAAUACCUCUUUGUGGUAUUCUUCCUGUAUGGCCUGGCCUCGACAUUAUUGUCGUACGUUAUUUCAUUGUUUUCGAGGUCGCAACUAGCAGCCUUUGCAUUCGCUGCUGGAGGACAGGCUGUAAUGUUUCUUCUUUAUUUCAUUGCAUACAUGAGCGUGUUAACGUAUUCGCCCAUCGACAAAAUUGAUGACUACGUCAAUGUAUGUCAUUUUACGAUUGCCGCGAUAUCUCCAGUGGCGAAUCUCACUCGAGCACUUUUUAUCACCCUGAAUGUGUUCUCAAUCACUUGCAGAGAUCGACAAUUCGCUUCUUAUCCCGGAUCAAUGACUACAUUCGGUGGCCCAAUCUUGUACUUGAUAUUGCAUACUGUCGCGCUGUUCUGCCUGCUUCUAUGGUGGGAUUCGGGCCCGACCUUUCAACGUUGGCGUAGUAGAGCAAAGGAAGAAGAAGUUGAGUCGAAAGAUACACUUGAAGCUGAGGUCUCCAAUGAGCUCACACGAGUCAAUUCUUCACAAGAUGGGCUUCGUGUUCUUCAUUUGACCAAGUACUUUGGCAGGAAUCUCGCAGUCGAUAAUGUGACAUUUGGCGUUCCACACAGCGAGGUGUUCGCACUCCUCGGGCCGAACGGCGCUGGCAAGUCGACAACAAUUUCGCUCAUUAGAGGCGACAUUCAGCCAAGUCGUCGAGGAGGUGACAUCCUUGUGGACAAUAUUUCAGUUAUUCGUCACCGGACUCAAGCCAGAUAUCGAUUGGGAGUUUGUCCUCAAUUCGACGCGAUGGACACGAUGACAGUAGCAGAACAUCUCAACUUCUAUGCCAAGGUCCGCGGAGUCAUUGACCCUGGUCACAAUGUUGACGCAGUCAUGCAAGCUGUUGGACUGGAGCAAUACGCAGAUCGCAUGGCUGCGAAGUUGUCAGGUGGCAACAAGCGUAAAUUAUCCCUAGGCAUUGCCCUCAUGGGCAAUCCAAGCGUGUUGUUGCUUGACGAGCCUUCUUCGGGUAUGGACGCCGCAAGCAAACGUGUUAUGUGGCAAACACUGAAGUCGGUGGUACCUGGCCGGUCUUUGGUUCUGACGACUCACUCAAUGGAGGAAGCAGAUGCUCUCGCCAUGCGAGCCGGAAUCAUGGCUGGAAAAAUGCUUGCUCUAGGAAGCACUGAAUACCUCCGACGCAAGCACGGAGAUGCCUAUUAUGUCCACCUUGUCCAUCGGCACGCCCCUCAUACAUCCGAGCAAGAAAUGGAGCGUAUUCGCAUCUGGGUCAGCACCACCUUCCCGCAGGCCGAAGUCGAAAGCAAGAUAUAUGCUGGACAGAUCCGGUUCUCUGUGCCCACAGCAGCAUUGCGCGAGAAGGGCGAUGAAAUCAAUCGAAGCUCGGGCAUAUCUAGACUUUUUGCAGCUCUUGAAACAAACAAAGCUGAUCAAGAGAUUCAGUUCUACAGUGUGAGCCGGGCAACGCUCGACCAGGUCUUUCUCAGCAUAGUGGGUAAGCACAAUGUGACGGAAGAAGGCACUGACGUUCCGACUGCAUCAAAUACUCGAUCUGGGAAGAGCAUCAAGCGAUUUUUGUCCGCCAUGACUGGAAGGAAACGAGAAUAGUAGUGGAAGACAGCAUGCCCGAUUUUGU